AUGCCAGAAGAAAAAAUCUAUUCUUCAGGGAGGGAGCCGUAUUUUAAUUUGAACUCAACGUGGUAUGAUCCUGCAGGAUCCUGGCUGGAUACUCGCCGCAAACCGUUUCGCUACGCUGACAAUACCAGCUGCAUCGGUUGCAGCCUUGCCAUGGAAGGCGACAUCCCAAGAAGGGGAGGCCACGACUACCGAUGCUACGGCUAUCGGCGAUCCACCUGUAGAUCAGGGGGUAACCCGAGAGUGGGAUGCUGUGUCCACAACCCCUCGGGAGGACCUCGAGAUUAUUGGGGGCGGCCAAUUGGUGAUGCAUGCAAUGGGUGUACAGGUGGACAUUAUUCUAAUGAAGAGUCGUUCUCUAGAGAAGCAUGUUGUGGAUCUUCUGUAGGAUGCACCACUAGAGAGUCAUGUUCAAAGCCAGGUGGGUGUGGCAGUGGAGGUCAAGGAGUAUGUUCUGAGCUAGGAGGAUGUGGAAGUAGAGGGCAAGGAGUAUGUUCUCAGCCAGGAGGAUGUGGAAGAAGAGGACAAGGAGUAUGUUCUGUGCCAGGAGGAUGUGGAAGAAGAGGACGAGGAGUAUGUUCUGAGCCAGGAGGAUGUGGACGUAGAGGGCAAGGAGUAUGUUCUGAGCCAGGAAGAUGUUGCAGUGGAAGAAGAAGGGUAUGA